AUGGAGCGCUGGAAGCAGGUGGAGGGGAGGCGGGGACAGAGGCAGCAGCAGCGUUACAGCCAGAGCCUGCGGCUGCUGCGGCUCAUCUACGAGCGCCAGACACGCCCCCCCGCCCCAGGACACGCCCCCCAACGCCCAGGACACGCCCCCCAGCCCCAGGACACGCCCCCAGACCCCCAGGACACGCCCCCAGCCCCCCCCAGGACACGCCCCCAGCCCCAGGACACGCCCCCAGACCCCCCAGGACACGCCCCCAGCCCCCAGGAUACGCCCCCAGCUCCAGACCACGCCCCCAGCCCCCCAGGACACGCCCCCAACGCCCAGGACACGCCCCCAGCUCCAGGACACGCCCCCAACGCCCAGGACACGCCCCCAGCCCCCAGGACACGCCCCCCAACGCCCAGGACACGCCCCCCGCCCCCAGGACACGCCCCCAACGCCCAGGACACGCCCCCCUCGGGCACAGGACACACCCCCAACGCCCAGGACACGCCCCCAGCCCCAGGACACGCCCCCAACGCCCAGGACACGCCCCCCAGACCCAGGACACGCCCCCAACGCCCAGGCUCCGCCCCCCCCCAGCCUGUGCACCCCAAUGCACAGCCCCUACCCCCAGGCCACGCCCCCAACGCCGAGGCCACGCCCCCGGGCCCAGGCCACGCCCCCCGGGGACCAGGCCACGCCCCCAGCCCCAGGCUCCGCCCCCCCCAGCCCGUGCACCCAAUGCACAAGCCCUGCCCCCAGGCCACCGCCCCCCCGGGCACAGGACACGCCCCCCAACGCCCAGGACACGCCCCCCGGGCCCAGGCCACGCCCCCCAGCCCCAGGCUCCGCCCCCCCCAGCCCGUGCACCCAAUGCACAGACCCCUGCCCCCAGGCCACGCCCACAGCUCUCAGGCCACGCCCCCCGGGGACCAGGCCACGCCCCCAGCCCAUGCACCCAAUGCACAGACCUUGCCCCCAGGCUCCGCCCCCCAGGGCUCAGGACACGCCCCCAGCCCCGAGGCCACGCCCCCAGCCCUCAGGCCCCCGCCCACAACCCCGAGGCCACGCCCCCCAGCCCAUGCACCCAAUGCACAGACCCUGCCCCAGGCCACGCCCCCAGGGGCCCAGGCUCCGCCCACAACCCCCCUGGCCACGCCCCCUGGCCUCAGGACACGCCCCCAGCCCGUGCACCCCAAUGCACAGACCCUGAUACCCAGGCCACGCCCCCAGCCCCAGGCCACGCCCCCCAGCCUCAGGCUCCGCCCACAACCCCCUGGCCACGCCCCCUGGCCUCAGGACACGCCCCCAGCCCGUGCACCCCAAUGCACAGACCCAGCCCCAGGCCACGCCCCCCAGCCCCAGGCUCCGCCCACAACUCCGAGAUCACACGCCCAAGCCACGCCCCCCAGCUCAUGCACCCACUGCACAGACCCUACCCCCCAGGACACGCCCCCCCGGGGCACAGGACACGCCCCCCAGCCCUCAGGCUCCGCCCCACAAUCCCCAGGCUCCGCCCACAACCCCGAGGCCACGCCCCCCAGCCCGUGCACCCAAUGCACAAGCCCUGACCCCCAGGCUCCCGCCCCCAGCCUCAGGCUCAGCCCACAACCCUGA